GGCGCGGUCCUCACCACCCGCUCCGCCUCCGAACCCCGCUUCGGACAAGCAGCGAGCCGCCUUGACAGAUCCCGGGUGGGUCAGGAGCCUCCUCACCCGCUCGAACCAGCUUCCCGGCUUCCCCCGCGGCGCCCCGUGACAUCACUUCCUGUCGCCGGUGAACACGUGGGCGGAAGUGCCCGUGCCCGCGGCCGCCGCUCCUGUCUGUCUCAAGGGUUACGUUCGUCCACGGGCUGCGCCGCCGCCUCCAGCCAGGCGCCGUUAUGGGAGUCCCGGCGUUCUUCCGCUGGCUCAGCCGCAAAUACCCGUCCAUCAUCGUCAACUGCGUAGAAGAGAAGCCCAAAGAAUGCAAUGGUGUAAAGGUUCCUGUUGAUGCCAGUAAACCUAAUCCAAAUGAUGUGGAGUUUGAUAAUCUGUAUUUGGACAUGAAUGGAAUCAUCCAUCCCUGUACUCAUCCUGAAGACAAACCAGCACCAAAAAACGAAGAUGAAAUGAUGGUUGCAAUUUUUGAGUACAUUGACAGACUUUUCAAUAUUGUAAGACCACGACGACUUCUCUACAUGGCAAUAGAUGGAGUGGCACCACGUGCUAAAAUGAAUCAACAGCGUUCUAGGAGGUUCAGAGCAUCCAAAGAAGGAAUGGAAGCAGCAGUAGAGAAGCAACGAGUCAGGGAAGAAAUACUGGCAAAAGGUGGCUUUCUUCCUCCAGAGGAAAUAAAAGAAAGAUUUGAUAGCAACUGUAUUACACCAGGAACUGAAUUCAUGGACAAUCUUGCUAAAUGUCUUCGCUAUUACAUAGCUGAUCGUUUAAAUAAUGACCCUGGGUGGAAAAAUUUGACAGUUAUUUUAUCAGAUGCUAGUGCUCCUGGUGAAGGAGAACAUAAAAUCAUGGAUUACAUUAGAAGACAAAGAGCCCAGCCUAACCAUGACCCAAACACUCAUCAUUGCCUAUGUGGAGCAGAUGCUGAUCUCAUCAUGCUCGGCCUUGCUACACACGAACCCAACUUUACCAUUAUUAGAGAAGAAUUCAAACCAAACAAACCCAAACCCUGUGGUCUUUGUAAUCAGUUUGGACAUGAGGUCAAGGACUGUGAAGGUUUGCCAAGAGAAAAGAAGGGAAAGCACGAUGAACUUGCAGAUAGUCUUCCUUGCGCAGAGGGAGAGUUUAUCUUCCUUCGUCUUAAUGUUCUUCGUGAGUAUUUGGAAAGAGAGCUCACCAUGGCCAGCCUUCCAUUCACAUUUGAUGUUGAGAGGAGCAUUGAUGACUGGGUCUUCAUGUGCUUCUUUGUGGGAAAUGACUUUCUUCCUCAUCUGCCAUCGUUAGAAAUUAGGGAAGGUGCAAUUGAUCGUUUGGUCAACAUAUACAAAAAUGUGGUACACAAAACUGGGGGUUACCUAACAGAAAGUGGUUAUGUCAAUCUGCAAAGAGUACAGAUGAUCAUGUUAGCAGUUGGUGAAGUUGAGGAUAGCAUUUUUAAAAAGAGAAAGGAUGAUGAGGACAGUUUUAGAAGACGACAGAAAGAAAAAAGAAAGAGAAUGAAGAGAGAUCAACCAGCUUUCACUCCUGGUGGAAUAUUGACUCCUCAUGCCUUGGGUUCAAGAAAUUCAGGUUCUCAAGUAGCCAAUAAUCCGAGACAAGCAGCCUAUGAAAUGAGGAUGCAGAAUAACUCUAGUCCUUCAGUAUCUCCUAAUACAAGUUUCACUUCUGAUGGUUCCCCAUCUCCGUUAGGAGGAAUGAAGCGAAAAGCAGAUGACAGUGACAGUGAACCUGAGCCAGAGGAUAAUGUCAGGCUAUGGGAAGCUGGUUGGAAGCAGCGGUACUACAAGAACAAAUUUGAUGUUGACGCGGCUGAUGAGAAAUUUCGUCGUAAAGUUGUACAAUCUUAUGUUGAAGGGCUCUGCUGGGUUCUUCGAUAUUAUUACCAGGGCUGUGCUUCCUGGAAGUGGUAUUACCCGUUCCAUUAUGCACCAUUUGCUUCAGACUUUGAAGGUAUUGCGGACUUGCCUUCUGAUUUUGAGAAGGGCACUAAACCGUUUAAACCACUGGAACAACUUAUGGGAGUUUUUCCAGCUGCAAGUGGUAACUUUCUACCUCCAUCAUGGCGAAAGCUCAUGAGUGAUCCAGAUUCCAGUAUAAUUGACUUUUACCCUGAAGAUUUUGCUAUUGAUUUGAAUGGAAAGAAAUAUGCAUGGCAAGGUGUUGCUCUGUUGCCAUUUGUGGAUGAGCGCAGGCUGCGAGCUGCCCUUGAAGAGGUAUACCCAGACCUCACUCCAGAAGAGACUAGAAGAAACAGUCUUGGAGGGGAUGUCUUAUUUGUAGGGAAACAUCACCAACUCCAUGACUUCAUCUCAGAGCUAUACCAGACAGGUUCCACAGAGCCAGUGGAUGUACCACCUGAAUUAUGUCAUGGGAUUCAAGGAAAGUUUUCUUUGGAUGAAGAAGCCAUUCUUCCAGAUCAAGUAGUAUGUUCUCCUGUUCCCAUGUUACGGGAUCUGACACAGAACACUGCAAUCAGAAAACCAGCACCGGUACUGAAACCUGGUGACUGGGAAAAAUCCAGCAAUGGACGGCAGUGGAAGCCCCAGCUUGGCUUCAAUCGGGACCGGCGGCCUGUCCACCUGGAUCAGGCAGCAUUCAGGACUUUGGGCCAUGUCAUGCCAAGAGGCUCAGGAACUGGCAUGUACAGCAAUGCUGCGCCACCGCCUGUAAAUUAUCAGGGAAACUUAUACAGGCCGCUGUUGAGAGGACAAGCCCAGAUUCCAAAACUUAUGUCAAAUAUGAGGCCCCAGGAUUCCUGGCGAGGGCCUCCUCCCCUUUUCCAGCAGCAAAGAUUUGACAGAGGUGUUGGGGCUGAACCUCUACUGCCAUGGAACCGGAUGCUCCAGACCCAAAAUGCAGGCUUUCAGCCAAACCAGUACCAGAUGCUAGCCGGGCCUGGCGGGUAUCCACCCAGACGCGAUGAUCGUGGAGGGAGACAGGGAUAUCCCAGAGAAGGAAGGAAGUACCCUUUGCCACCACCCUCAGGAAGAUACAAUUGGAAUUAGGCUUUUGUAAAGCUUUCCCAAAUCCUUUCAUCAUUCUACAGUUUUAUGCUAUUUGUGGAAAGAUUUCUUUCUCAAGUAGUAGUUUUUAAGAAAACUGCAGUACUUUGUGUAUUUCUUUUAACUGUAUAUUUCUACUGAUCUGAUCUCACUGUUUUAUGUUGCUUUCCAAAGAUGUGUGUUGCAUAAUACAGUGGAUCUGAAUUUAUUAUUGCUUGUAAAACAUUUUGAUGGAAUAGGAAUACUGGUUUUUCAUUAUGGUUAAAAAUCAAACCAGCUGUGGAUUUCAAACCACAGUGAAUUCUAGAUCAUCUAAGAUCCAUGCUGAUUUUUAAUGCACAAGAAUUAGGUGUGAACUCUUAAGCUGGAACCCUCAGCCAACUAGAGUAUAUAUUGUUCAGUAUUUCUUUGGAAACAUUUCAUUAAUGUACUUGUCUUACGGAAAUUUCUGGACUUUAGUAAAAACAAACAAAAUUUUAAAAUUCUGGUUUCUUGUGUUCUUAUUCUUUUAGAGUAUUUCAACUUUGAAAAUCUUGGCCAAGCAUGUUGGUUUUUCUAAAAUUAGUUUUUCAGAAAACAGUUCAUUUCUACCAAUUAGAUGUCAAAAGAAAAUCAGUUAAGAAUAGAUGUUAACAUGAUAUGCUCAGCAAGACCACCCAGCCAACGCAUAUGUUACUACGUCUGUCAGCUUCUGAUUUUGCUAACUAUAAAAUCUUUGUGAGAAUAAGUUAUUUACAUUUUACAAAUUUCAUGUAGACUCCUGUAUCAAUUUUAAGGACUUUAAAAAUUUUAAGAAAAGUUGGAAAGUGAGAAGUUUAAUUUAUAGGUAAGUAGUGUAUACUCCUUAGCAUAUUUCUUUAGCGUUACUUCAUAAUAGAUUCCAAUUUGUACUCAUUUUUUUUCCUUGCUACCAAGCACACUAUAAUUCCUUAAAUUAAUGCUCGGAGUUUACAUACAACACUUCCAUAUGCGUUUUAAUUUGAUCGCCACAACAAAUUCAGGUACAUUAUAAAGAUUCUUGCUGCUUUGUUUCCUUCUUUCCAUUCUAGCCUAAGGUUGUGAAAUAAGAUUUCUCUUUGACCUGCUGACUUAGGAUAUUUUUGCUUUAAUAUUCAACUAAAGCACAGUUGUUCAUCUUAUUCUAUGUGUUAAGAAUCUCACCUUAAUCUUAAAGAAGGUAUUUUGAAGCUAUUGGGUUCAUUGCUGGUGAUGGGUGAAUAGAGCAGGAUCCUUUACUGUUGAGACAAAGUUUCUCAACUGGGAAUUAACAACCAUUAUGUAUUCCCUUCACAAUACAUUAAAAUGAUAGCAAUGCCUUCCAUUAAAUUUCUCUUCCAGAUAUUAAAAACAUAUAGCCACUUAAGCAUUGCAUAUUCCAAAGGAGCUUAUAUAAAUGUCUUAUUGUGUAUAUCUUCAUAGGUACCCAAAGCUCACACACUUCUACAGAACCUGUAUUUUCUCCAACCUUCAGUUUUGGUUUAGCGUUGUUUCAAGCUAUUGUGUGUGUCUGUAAAAUAAUUCUGUUUGGACUUGGCUUUUCCACAAUUAUAUGUAACUAUUCAAAACAAAUUAAAUUUUAAAAUUAA